AUGAUGCAUCCAAGCUUUGCAGCUGCCUUCCUUUUCUUGCUGGGCUUGUCAUAUUGUUUGACACUGCCUAUUCCCCAUGAAGACAGUGAUGAAUUCACAACGGAAGACCUCCAGUUUGCAGAGCGCUAUCUAAAGACACAUUACAACCUACGUUCCAGUCCUGCUGGCAUAAGGAAGAAGAAUGCCAACUCAGUGGCAGCCAAACUUCGAGAAAUGCAGUCUUUUUUUGGGCUGGAGGUGACUGGCAUAUUAGAUGAAGAAACAUACGAGCUGAUGCAACAGCCAAGAUGUGGUGUCCCCGAUGUGGGGGAAUACAACUUUUUCCCUAGAAAACUAAAAUGGUCAAAAAAUAAUUUAACAUACAGAAUUGUGAAUUACACUCGAGAUCUGACACGUGCUGAAGUGGACAGAGCAUUCAAAAAGGCAUUCAAGGUUUGGUCUGAAGUGACACCACUGAACUUUACUAGAAUUCGUAGUGGCACUGCUGAUAUCAUGAUUUCCUUUGGAACUAAAGAACAUGGUGACUUUUAUCCCUUUGAUGGACCUUCUGGAUUACUGGCUCAUGCUUUUCCUCCUGGACCAAAUUAUGGCGGAGAUGCCCAUUUUGACGAUGAUGAAACCUGGUCAACUGAUUCCAGAGGAUACAACUUGUUUCUUGUGGCUGCCCAUGAGUUUGGUCACUCUUUGGGACUUGAGCACUCCAGAGACCCGGGAGCUCUCAUGUUCCCUAUUUACACCUACACUGGCAACACUGGGUUCUUGCUUCCUGACGAUGAUGUGCAAGGGAUCCAAGCUCUCUAUGGUGCAGGAGACAGAGAUCCCAACCCCAAACACCCCAAAACUCCAGAGAAAUGUGAUGAAAAUUUGUCACUUGAUGCAAUAACAGAACUUCGAGGAGAAAUGGUGAUCUUCAAGGACAGGUUCUUCUGGCGCCUACAUCCUCAGAUGGUUGACGCAGAACUGGUGUUAAUUAAGUCAUUUUGGCCAGAACUUCCAAACAAGAUCGAUGCUGCCUAUGAAAACCCCAUGAAAGAUCAUGUGUUCAUAUUUAGGGGCAAGAAAUUUUGGGCUCUGAAUGGCUAUGACAUAGUUGAAGGUUACCCUAAAAAAAUAUAUGAAUUGGGAUUCUCCAGAGAGAUGAAAACAAUAGAUGGGGCUGUCCACAUUAAAGACACUGGCAAGACUCUCUUUUUUACUGGAGACAAGUACUGGAGCUAUGAUGAAGAAAACCAAGUUAUGGAAAAAGGCUACCCCAGACUGAUAGAGGAAGAAUUCCCAGGAAUUGGCAAUAGAGUGGAUGCAGUCUACCAAAAAAAUGGUUACAUCUACUUUUUCAACGGACCACUGCAGUUUCAAUAUAGCAUCUGGAGUAAAAGAAUUGUUCGUGUCUUGAAAACUAACUCCAUGUUCUGGUGCUAA